CAGCUUGUGGACCCUCAGCCUUGCGACGCCGUUCCUUGGCGCAUGGCGAACAUCGUCGGCGGCACCACGUUCGCAAUCUCCCCAGCAACAAUCUCAUGCAUUACGGGAAAUAACAUUCAUCUGAGUAUAAGUACUUACAACUGGAAUCACCUACGUACAUUCGACAGGCUCUUACUAUCGUGGCUGGCGCACAAAACCAUGGCCGACGCCGAGGGUACCGGCCCAGGAGAGGCACAGCAACCCAACCAAGCGCCAGAACCGACGAAGGCAGCUUCUGGCCAGGCGCCACUUGGAGAUGAAAACAAAUUCCAGCAAGCCAUUUCAGCAUGGAGGAAGAUUGACCUGACAACCUUGGUCCCCACACUCGACAAUACAGCUUCAGAGAUUAUCACAUACCAGCGCGAUUCGACGGUUCAACGAAAAGACCUGGCGCAGAAGACCAAAGACUUUAGGAAGCUCGAUGAUUCGGCUAAGCUGGGUGAAUUCAAAGGGUUGUUGAAAGCAUAUCAAACAUUCAUCGACCUCCUCACGAAUCACUCGAAAUCUACUAAUUCGGCAUUUUUGCAAAUUUACUCGUCCCUGUCGGAAGCGCCAGAUCCAUACCCGCUGCUAGAGGCUUCCGUCGACUCUCUCCUACUCUCAGAGGACACCUUGCCCAAGAUCACAUCGGAGAAUGAGCAUCUCCAGAAGAACGUCACCAAGCUAUCUUCUCAGCUGGAGGAGGCAGAAUCACGGCUAGAGAGUGAACGCAAUUCCAAGAAGACGCUGGAGGAGAAGUUGGACACAAAGGUUAAGGAGGUUGAAGUUUCGUGGGCUGCGGUACUGGAAGAGAAGAAGGAUAACUGGGAGGCCAAGGAGAAGGCGCUGGAGGAGAAGGUGCAAAAUCAAGAGCGCUUGCUGAAGGAGAUUAAGGCUACGUACGAGGUCUCGCAGAGACUUGGACAAGGCGAAGAUGGCGAGGAGGGUCAAGGUCAUGUCACCAAUGCUGAAUUGGAGAUCGUAAACUCCGAUUUGGAGCGCACAAGCCUUCGCCUGGCCGAGGUAGAGGCGCGGAACGAGCAGCUUCGCAUCGAACUGGCCCAAACAGCGUCGUCAACACCAAGUCAGCCUGCUCUUGUCGUUGAGGACGAACCCGCUUAUAUCCGCCUUCGAUCCGAAAACUCGUCUCUGUUGAGCAAGCUUGAUGCCGCAAGGAUUGAAAGAGACUCCAAGAAGCGAGACCUGGAUGUGAAACUACGCUCUCUCGAAAGAGAGAUUGGCCUGCUCAAGGAGGACAGGGAUACUCUGAGGGAGAAGGUGAAGAAAUGGAACGAUUACGACGAGGUAAAGCAGGAGCUCGAGGUGUUGAAGAGCAUUGAGUUUUCGACUGGUGACGACGACGACGAGACCGUUGAGACUACCAACGGCGGUGAUUCGGCUUCUAAGUCAAAGGGUGCUACGUUGGAACAGCUCCUAUUGGCGCGCAAUAAGAAGCUCGGUGACGAAUUAACAAUCUUGAGAGUCUCACAUCAAGACCUCCAGAGCCGUCUCCAAACCAUGCAAAGAGAGCUGGAUAGCGCUACUGCCGAUCUUGAGACUGCACAGAAUCUCAAUGCUACUUUGGAGAAUGACCUCGCAACGGUCCAACAAGAGUCCUCCAAUGCGUUCCCAUCCGGCGCUUCGGUGGCCGGAACAUAUAAAUCACAUUACCCUCAAUCCCACGCCCCUUCCGCCUUCCAAAGCCGUCGUGGCCGUGUCUCACCGACAUCGUCCAUUAUAUCCGGUUUGGAUCCUCGCUCCUCAAUUACCGAAUUAUCGGGCGGCUCGGGCAUCCUCCCGAUGGUAACUGCGCAACGAGACCGCUUCAAGAAGCUCAACUCUCAGCUCUCAAACGAGGUCUCAGAAGCGCACAGGACCGUCACAUCCCUGCGCUCCGAGAUCGCCUCCCUCCAGAAGGACAACCUCAACCUCUACGAGAAGACGCGCUACAUCUCCUCGUACAACCGCACCGGUUCCUCUGCCGUCUCGAACGCCCCCCAGCAGUCCACCGUCCCCUUCUCCCCCUCUUCGCCACAGGGCGAUACGCUCGGACGCUACCGCUCAGCGUAUGAGUCCAAUAUCAGUCCCUUUGCGCAGUUCCGGGGCCGCGAGAGCGCGCGCGCGUAUAAGCGUAUGAGCCUACCCGAACGAGUCGUGUUCAGCAUCACGCGUAUGGUGCUGUCCACGCGGACGAGCCGGAAUAUGUUUGCGGCGUACUGCGUGGCGUUGCAUAUGUUGGUAUUUCUAAGUCUGUAUUGGGCAGGAUUAGGGGGUGGGUCGUCGUCGACAGUGUCGACGGUGACGGUGGGUGGGCUGGGGGCAGCAGGCAAACUGGCGGAAGAAGGGCAGGACAAGGCGUGGGAGAUGGAUGAGUAGGUGUAUUGAUAUAUUAUUUUCACUGGUGGCGUUGGCAUGCAGGCGAGACGGGCGACAGCCGUCGUGAAGGAGAGCAUUGAUGCGUAUUAGCUAGUCGAGAUAUAUUUGUAUAAUACUCUCUAAUACCACAUUCAUGGAGGCAGAUAUU